AUGCCAAGACUAAAGCGAGCAUUAUUAUCACCAAAAUUGUUUGUUAAAUCUAUACUAUUGUUCACCAUCGUUUAUACAAUAUACCUAUCCACUUCAACCACUACAUCAGUGUAUCUAAGCACCACUCAAUCCAAACUAAAUAUAUAUACAAACCAACUAUAUCAAAAGAUUAAUCUUCAAUUCAAUCAAUGGUAUUAUAAUAUCUUAGUUUAUGAUUAUAAUUUGUUUUCUGAUUCAAAUUUCCAACAACAAUUAACAAUAAUUAAAUCCGAGAAAUUACAAGAUGAAAAUCAUAAAAUAGAUCUUUGGAAUCUCGACGAUAGUUUUAAUUUACCCGUAUCAGUGAAAGUACCAAAUUAUUUAUUAUCUCCCUCAUCGUCGUCGUCAUCAAGUACUGACAAGAAACCUUUGAUUCAACCAUUUGAUCCUCGAUUAACAUUAUCAGUAUACUAUAAUUAUAUCGAAACAAAUAAAGACAACGGUAAUGAUUUAAAAUUACCAUUCCAUUGGUCUGAUUGGGUUGAUUUCUCCAAGUUGCACAAGUAUAUUCUCAACCCAUCAAAAACUGACCUUUGUUCCAGUUUAUUUGAUAUAUCCAACAAUGACAAAUUAAAUAAAGAUUCUGAAAUCAAAAGUGUUGAUCAAUAUUGUCAAUUUAUAGGUAACGCUAAUAAUGGAAAUGAAAAUAAAGCUACAAACAUGUUGGGAUAUAAGAUUUUUGCUCCAGCACAAGCUCAAACAGGUGCUAAUCAUGAAUUAAUUGGUAAAUCAUACCUUUACACUCAAGCACCAUCACCGAAAAGAUUGAUUUUUUUAACAAAUACCAAUGGAAAUUACCAAUUUGAUGUUGAUAACUAUAAUGUGAACAAUAUUAGUAAUUCAAUUUUAUAUAAUGAGAAAUUGACAUCAAACUUAGCAUCAAAAGUUAACAAGGAAAAUGAACAAUCAUCAACUUUAAAUGUAUUGUCAAGUUAUAUUUCCUUGAUUAAGAAUUCUCCACCCUCAUUAUUACCAACAAAACAACAAAACAAUCCCAAGGACAAUGAAAUUGAUAGCCAUAUAAUUGAGAUUCCUGAAGAAUAUUUCAUUAAUGAUCCACAAUCAAUCAUUAACCAACUUGAAUCAUCAAAUUCACAAUUAUCAAACUCUGAAAAAGACUUUUUGAGUUCAAUAAAAUAUAGUGUUGAUUGUAAAGAUCCACCAAAAUAUUUUUAUGAAGCCAAAUAUGUCAAGGCAAUGAAAGAAAAUUGGAGUGGUGAACAUUAUGAUUGGAGAUUUUACAAUGGGCUUACAAUUCACAAUGCUCAACAGCAAUCAAUUAUAUUACAUAGAUUAUUAAAGAACUAUUUAAAAUUCACUCAAUCAAAUAAUUUAAUUACCUGGAUUGCUCAUGGUUCAUUAUUGUCAUGGUAUUGGAAUGGGAUUAAUUUCCCCUGGGACACUGAUAUUGAUGUUCAAAUGCCAAUUCAUGAAUUAUAUCAAUUAGCAAGAUUUUAUAAUCAGUCUUUAGUGGUGGAGAAUGCUGGGACUAAACGUCUUGGUAAUAGUGAUAAAACCGAAGAAUUUGAAUUUGAUGGUAUGGGACGUUAUUUUAUUGAUGUGGGAUCUUCAGUUACUCAUCGUACCAAGGGGAAUGGUAAUAACAACAUUGAUGCUCGUUUUAUUGAUAUUGAUACUGGCUUAUACAUUGAUAUCACUGGGUUAGCCUUGACCAAUGAAGAAUCUCCAGAUAGAUAUAAUGAUUUCUUGACUAUUGAUCAAAAUACUGACGCGGGGAAACAAAAAUUUGAUCAGUUGAAACAAAAUCAAAAAGAUGGUGAUAAAAAUAAUAACUACUCGCUCAAGAAUCAACAAUUAAAACUUUAUAAUUGUCGAAAUAACCAUUUUAGUUCUUAUAAUGAAUUAUCACCAUUAAUUCAAACCGUGGUGGAAAAUCAACCAGGUUAUAUCCCGAAAAAUUUCAUGUAUAUUCUCAAUGAUGAAUAUAAUUUGAAAUCUUUAGCUAAAAAAAAUCAUCGUGAUUUCACUUAUUUCAAUAAUUUCAAUCUUUGGUUAAAUACUAAAGAUGUAUCAAAAUAUUUAGCGCAUAAACAUUCACCCAAUGAAAAUUCACCUGAUGGGAGUAAUCAAGCUUACAGUUUAAUCAAAUUUAAUAAAUUACUGAAAUCAGACCAUAUUAAUUUAUUAAAAUAUAAUCCAAUAAUGAUGAAAGAAUAUUUGGAAACAAUGAAUUUUACAAAUUAUCACAAUUUAGAACUAAGUCAAUUGUUAAAAAUUAGUAAUUAUAAUCAUAAUCAUAACAAUGCCCAAACUAAUGUAUCAAAUAUUGGCAUUUAUAGAGAAAGUUAUGAUUUAUUCAAUCAUUAUCGAAAUAAUUAUAAAUUAGGGUAUAGUUUACGUCCUGAUCAUUUUAUAAAUUUUAUUAUUCAUGAUAAUUCUCGAUGGGAUUAUCAAUUACAAGUUGAUGAUUUGAUAAAACUACAAAAACAAUUAGAAAAUGACUCACAACAACAACAAGAACAGCACCAUGAACAACAACAAGGUUAA